AUGUCUGAAGAUGGAUUAAGAGCAAAAAAAAAGAAAGAUGACGAUUUAGAAAUGGUCGAAGAUAAUGAAGAUAAAAGAUUAAUUGAAGAAUAAUAGAAAGUUUAAAAUCCAAGUAAUUAGCCUAAAGUAGAGGAGGACUUCGAUAUCAGGCAUUGCAAUGUUGAUGUGGUGACUUAUGUUGAACUAGAAACAAAUUCAUCUCUGCUGUUAAUUUCCCUAUUGAGCAUAUUAGCUUUUGGACUACUUUCUACUUUCAUCAUACCUGUUGUUUAUCUUGUAUCUCAAAUUGCUACUCAUAGAUGCUCAAGGUGCUUAUAAAAGAUGGGUUAAAAGAGUUGGGUCGGUUUACCUAACAAUUUUUCUGACGAGAUCUGGCAGUUCAGACUUGGGAAGUGCUCUAUUAUUUUAGCUAGGCUAUAUGCGAUCAUCGCCUUAUCUUUAGUAUUAGGCUUUUGUUUAUACUAUGUAUAUCUGAGACCAUCUUUCUUCCAGCCUCUCACUCCCUAUCACACUCCUGAGUAGUCAAUUUAAAUUAGUUCCUCUUGGAAUGAAUUUUUGAUUGAUUGUGGUGGCCAGGUAAUUGUGGAGAAUUUUAUUCAUGCUAGAAGUGUAUUUAAUCAGAAAUACGAAAAUAAUGUAAUAGAAUGGUUAGGCUACUUCUCUGAGAUUAAGGAUACUGAUAGGUUCCCGUUGUUCUCAGAUACAAUAGUAAAAACUAUAAUGAUUAAGAUGUUCCCGUCCGAGUCAAUGAUGUAUCCCGAUAUCGUACUAUCGAUUCCUUAUUCACUGGAUAAAUAGUUAAGUGAAAUGUUUAGUACUUUAAAGAAGGGACAUGAAUUAAGAUUCAAGGCUAAACUAGUGUCUAUAGGAAAUGAAUUUAAAAUGCAUCAUCUACUUGCUCAGAGCAUUUAAAAGACAGGAUAUUUAAGAGAAUUAAGUGAACUAUUUGUUAGAGAUGGAUCAAUGCCCUUGAUUUGA